AUGAAUGCCUGGUCUGACUCGUGGUAUGGGGACAUCCUUGCCAUUGCCGAAGUCCUUGUCUCACUUUAUGCGGGGGUCGGGCUUUUCAUCAUCUCACUCCUCGAACGGAAGCGAACUGUCCAACCAUCUCUCACUGUGACUGCAUUCCUUGCUGUUUCGCUUUUGCGCGAUGCUGUCGAGCUUCGACUUAGCUCUGAUUGCCGGAGGAUCUAUAAUUGCAAUUUCGUCAAGCUAAGAGCGGGCUUGGAAGCAAUAUGGCUGAUCUGGAACUGUGGAGUAAACAGUUCGAUUGAUCAUGAGAAAGACUCUAGUUCAGAAGACACUGCCAGCAUCUUUAGUCGAGUAUUUUUCUGGUGGAUCAACCCAGUUCUCAAGGCAGGCUACAAGUCUAAUCUUUCCCUUCACAACUUGCCGGACAUACACAGAAGUCUGUCGUCAGAAACCCUACGGAAGGAGGCCUUGAAGUCGUGGAACUCUCAAUCUAGAACAUUGACUCAGUGGACUCUUCCGUUGUCUUUGGUUCGAGGUCUGAAGUCGGCAUUUCUAACUCCAGUGAUCUCCCGGCUCUUUGUUGUUCUGUUCCGCUAUGCACAACCAAUACUAAUUGACGUUGCGAUCCGCUUUGUAAGGACCUCCCAUCCCGAGGAGGCAGAUAUGCAUGAUGGGCUUUGGUUGAUAACCUUCGCUGGCGUGGUAUAUUUGGGAUUGGCGAUAUCAACGGCCGUUUACCAGCAUCAGAUCGACCGAUUGGAAAUCAUGGUUCGUGGAGCAUUGAUUGGUCUCAUUCAUCACCAGUCUCUCAAUGCGCCUAGUACAGGAUCCGAAGACACCCAAGCAUUGGCGUUGUUGACUUCUGAUAUUGAAAGCAUAGAAUCUAUUGGUGGGAUAUUCCACGAGACAUGGGCUCACUUCUUGGAAGUUGUUGUUGGAACAGCGCUGUUGGCUGCAAGAAUCCGAUGGUUCGCGUUUUUACCACUACUUAUCAUUUUUGGAUGCUCCCGAGUCAGUGCGUAUGUUGCAAAGCACCUUCAGGGCAAACAGAGGGACUGGAAUGUGGCCACCCAGGAACGUAUCUCCACAACUUCAUCUGCUCUCGGGGGGAUUAAGAGUGUUAAAAUGAUGGGGUUGGAGGACCCCAUUCACUCUCAGAUCUCCCAUCUGCGCGACCAGGAACUGCGCAUGUCGAAGCGCUUACGAUGGAUACAGGUUGCCUACAAUGCAAGUGCAAAUGCACUCGGUAUUUUUGCCCCCGUCUUGACUCUAGUCGUUUAUGCCAUGUCACCGCAGAACAAUGGGGUCCUUCAACCGAAUGAAGUCUUCACAUCUGUCGCUUUGCUCGCAAUGGUAACGCAUCCAGCGAAUAUGGUCAUGACCUUCAUUUCCCGUGCCGUUGCCAUGAUGGCAAACAUAAACCGAGUCCAGUCUUACAUCAGCCGGCCAUCUCUAGAAGAUACUCGGGAGACCUUGGUGGAAGAAGACGUCAAGGAGUCAGUCGCCAUGGAAAAUGUGACCAUCAAGCCACCUUCGAUGGCCCAGCCAAUCAUCCAAGGUGCCUGCCUUCACCUGGAAAAGGGUGAUCUCGUUAUUGUUGGUGGUGCGGUGGGCAGUGGAAAAACGACAGUAGCGCUGGCCAUGCUGGGAGAAGUCCCACUGACAACUGGCUCAAUCUGUGUGGCAUCGAAAAGAAUCGCGUACUGUUCUCAAGCACCUUGGCUUCCCAGUGUCACUAUCCGUGAUGCUAUAUGUGGAGGAGAAGUCGGCGACCAGGAAUGGUAUAACACUGUUAUCGACGCGUGUGGCCUGGUUCCGGAUCUGGCUGUUCUUUCUAGCGGUGACAUGACGUUUAUCGAGAACAACGGUAUCAAUAUUUCUGGCGGUCAGAGACAGCGCAUAGCACUUGCUCGCGCAGUUUUCUCGCGAUACAGCAUUAUACUCCUCGACGACCCGUUUAGCGCUUUGGAUCAGGCCGUCACCGAUGGCAUAGUGAAUAAGCUCUUGGGAUCCCAGGGGCUGUUUAAGAGUAUGAGAACCACAGUUCUUUUGAUAAGCAACUCGAGGAAUCUAUAUUCAAUGGCAGACAGAGUGCUGGUUAUACGUGAUUCAAACGCCCAUCUUGAAGACUUGAUAUCCUUCGAAAAGAUCUCGGAUUUGCGAGAAGCUUCUUCACCAGCUGAUACUAGCCCUUGCGCUACCCCGCUAUACGGCCAGCAGCAGAAACAGUCGAGUCAGAAACACCGGAUGGAAGACGCUGCUGAAGAUAUCUCUCGAAGAGCGGGGGAUGUUGCACUCUAUGGGUAUUACCUCAAUGCAGUCGGUCCUUGCAAUGCCCUUCUGAUGACUAUAUGCACUGCUACCUACUCAUUCUGUUUCACAUUUUCCCAAUAUGUUCUCAAGUGGGCAACGCAGGCGCCUCCACAGAAUGCUCGUAUCUACAUGGGCUGUUACGCGGCAAUCUCGUUCAUCGCUUGGGUCGCAACAAAUGGAAACAUGUGGUCUACGCAAUUGAAAAUUGCCAUUCGAUCAGGAAAGGUGCUCCACGCACAGCUUCUCCAGAGGAUCCUCGGGGCAUCUUUGACAUACUUUAUAGAGUCAGACAUAGCUGUGACUCUCAAUAGGUUUGGCCAGGACAUCACCCUCAUCGACAAGCAACUCCCUUCUGCUCUAGCCAAUUUGCUUAAUACAGAAAUUUGCAAGUUACUUAUGCAGGUUCUUCUGCUUUUAAUUGUCCAACCGGUCAUGGUAGCGACUGUGCCGGUGUGUGCAAUUUGUGUCUAUUUUAUCCAACGUGUUUACCUCCGGACCUCCCGGCAACUGCGCUUUCUUGAUCUCGAGUCAAGAUCGCAGUUAUAUACGAACUUCCUGGAUACAUCUAGUGGUGUCACGACCAUUCGAGCAUUUGGCUGGAAAGACAAGUUCCAGGAAGAAAACAUCAAGGCAUUAGACUUGUCUCAGAAACCAUUCUACCUACUACUAUGCUUACAGCGCUGGCUAAAUGUCACUUUAGACUGUGUGAUUGCCGUCAUCGCAGUUGCGCUCAUGACACUUACCGUCCUGUAUAGGAACACCACUACGGGCGCUGAUCUUGGCCUGGCCCUUAACAUGAUCAUCGGGGUAAACGCAACACUCCUGAAGCUCGUUCAAUCAUGGACGUCUCUAGAGACCUCGUUGGGCGCUAUUGCUAGAUUAAAGAGCGUGCAGGAAUGUGUCCCGAUCGAGGAUAGACCUUGGGGUACUAUCGAGCCAGCUCUACAGUGGCCGUCUUCCGGGAAAUUGCAGAUUCAGAAUGCUUCGGUAUCCUACUCCCAGACGCAAGGACUUACAUUAGAAGACAUUUCGCUUUCAGUCAAUCCCGGGCAGAAGCUGAUUGUAGUGGGGCGGACAGGAAGUGGGAAGACCACGCUCAUGCUACCCCUACUCCAACUCCUGACCCCCAGAAGUGGAUCAAUUAGAAUCGACGAAGUCGACAUUACUCGGGUACCAUUAAAUACCCUACGACGGCGCGGCAUGAUCGCAGUGCCCCAAGACGGAUUCAUCAUCCCAACCGCAAGCCUACGAUUCAAUCUCGAUCCUUACGGCCUAAGCUCCGAAGAUACCAUCCUGGCCGCACUGAAGCGAACGCGUCUAUGGAAUAAAAUCUCCACGACGUUUGCCCACACGGCUGGUCCCACAGCAGAUCUUGUCAUAGACUUCCCAAAACUCCUUGAUCUCCCAAUGUCCACAUUUUUGCCGUUCUCCGCGGGUGAGUUGCAGCUGUUCGCCCUAUGUCGAACCCUGCUGCGGGUGUGGGAGAAUAAAUCAACGAAGCCAGUGAUUGUUCUGGAUGAGGCGGGUUCUUCGUUGGAUUCGGAGACUGAGUCUAUCCUCGAGGAGAUUUUGCGUGAGGACCUUGGUGGUCAUACGGUUGUUAUAAUCGCGCAUCGAGUAGAGGGGGUUAUGGGCGCUAUGAGACCUGGGGUGGAUGCUAUUGCAACUAUGCAGAAUGGGUGUUUGCAGAAGGUAGUCACUAUCGCAAGUCAGCCGUUAUUGGAAAUAUAG